UCAGGAUUUCCGUUUCCCUCCUUUCGAAAAUCCGCUCUUGCAAGCUCAGCGCCGCGCUCCGGAUCCUCCUCGCGAGCAAGAGCAUGGACCGAGCCGAAGCGGGAGAGCCCGAUCCGGCGGCGUCCCAGCCGGGGGUCCGCCUCCUGCUGCCCUCCAGGGAGUUCCUGCUCUCCCGCAAAGGGCUGCUCCUGCUGGCCGAGGCGGUGCUGUCCUUUAUCAUUUUCAUCUGCUUUAUUGCUUCAAAAGCCUCGUCUUUCUUGACGGUGCCGCUGCUCACGUUCCUGCUGGCCCUGUGUUUUUUCUUUGCCUAUUCCUUAAAGCUUAACGAGAAGGUCAAAGCAACCUACUGGCUUUUGGCGCAUUUCUUGUGCUGUGUCGUCGCUGCUAUUAUCUACUUCGCCAUUUCAAUCGCCGCAGUCUCAAAAUACUCUGACGGGGCAUCGAAGGCAGCCGGAGUCUUCGGCUUUAUUGCGACUAUCGUGUACGCUGUCGAUUUCUAUGUUACCUUUAACGGCCUGGUGACGUCACUCAAGCAAAGCGAUUCUACAGAGGCUCCCGGGCAACAUCAAUCAGAAGAUGAAGCCUCUGACUCGGAUUCAGACUGAAGCGCAAAGCCGUAGGGGAGCAGGAACAAAGUAACAUGUGUGAAUAUUCUUUCCAUUGGUGCAGGGAGCAUUGCCAAAGCCAAGGUCAAAGGGAACAAGAACGUUCUCAUCUCACAAGAACUUCUUCUGGAAAGCAAAAUCUGCUGGUGUUUGAGCCUAAUCAUGAUUUUCUUCUACCUUUCCUCGUUCAGCACUACAGUGUAGGGUGUGGACGAACUUUGAAACUUAGAACCAACCUAAAGAAUCUUUUACAAACAGACUCUUUAUAUAUAACAAGGGCUAGGUGUGUGCACAGUUGCGCCCUACGGGCGCAGCGCAAGAUACAGCAUACAAUGCUUAGCCUCUUGUAAAUGUUUGUAGUCUUUUUAAAAGUCUAGCUUUCUAGAUUUUGAAAAAUCUCCCAAGGUACACAGAGAAAAGAACAGAAUCUGCAUUUGCCGCAGCUAUUUUUGUAGAUGCAAAAAAAGAGGCGCAGAUAAAUUAGUAGCUAAAACGUACAUGGCACACCAGGGCAAGUAGUUUGGGGAAGGGGAAAGAAGCUUCACCUUUUCCGUGCCUUCUGCUUCUCUGCUCCAAAUGCUUCGCCCGGUUGUUUUCCUUUGACAAGGUUCCAGAUGGGUACUUAACUUGCGUUUGGAACCAGACUAGGGGAGAAGCAGCAGGGGGCAUUUGGAGAGAAGAUACGGUGAAUUGGGGCGUAGGAACCCUUGCUGCUUCUCUGCCUUACUCUCCCCGAAACUGCCUUUUGGUAUUUAAAACCAGCAUCAGAGCGCUUACACCCACUCACACCCGAAUUCUAGCCGUCUCCCUGCUCAGCUUAUGUGCAUCUGUUACUGCGCUUGUUGCAGCCGAAGCUUAGUGACGCAGUAUGAUUUUGGUUAUGGGAAACUUAACUUUCCUGUGCUUUGGGGUCCAGUUUUCAAAAGGGAGGAGGAGUGGAAACGAGUGCUUUGCCAAGCAGAGGAUUCGAUCCCACAGCUACAAGAAUCUCCUGUAACAAUGCUGGGAAACGUCCCCCCCCCCCCGCACAUGCCUUAGAAAGCCAGACGGAGUAGAUAACUCUGCUAAAUGGCCCGACGGUCGUUAUCGUAGGCUCAAGGUCUAACUGAGAAAUGUUGCAGCAAGAAUAUGGAUAUUAACAGCGAUGGAAAAAAUUCAGUGCUUCAGAACCAAAGAGCUAGGGCAGCCCAAUUCCUGCCCGUCCUCCAUUAUAUUCCUAGAACUUCUAGCAAUGACAGCAAGCACAGACCACACGGCAUGACAAUCCAAACUGUUAUCAAGCCAGCAAUCUGUAUAAGCACUGUCACACACACACACACACACACCCAGAAACAAGCAACAAGACUGCUAGGAAAAGUUUUGGUAUAAUUUGGAAAGAAGCUAUCCUGGAAUUACAGUGCCUUCAUGGGAAAAGGUUCUGAAUUGCUCUGCACCCCAAAGCACAUCUGUGGUGAGGAUGUACCCAAAAGGCUGCCCUGCCACUGGUGCUGCCUUAUGGCAAGGAGAGACCAGGAAGUCAUGCUAAAUUAGGAAGAGAUCUUCCAUUCAAGUAUUGAAUGUUCCUAAGAUCCCAAAAAAGGGCAAUUGGAGCCAGGAGGCUGAGCCACGCAGCAGUAGCUAUCGCCCCUCCUCCUAACAGCCGUGGUCCAGUGCCUAUCACGAGGGCAGCGAAGCAGGCCAGCUGCAGGCAAGGAGUAGAAAUUCCAAGCAAGCAGGAAAAUAUUACUUUGUACAUUUUUUAAUAAUCCCCCUCCCCCUACCAACUAGUCAGGAUUGAGCAAGAUCACCGAUCCUUGCGCAUCCUACUAGAUGGCAUUUCCAACCUGAAGAGGGAUGGAAGAUUGGCUUGCUCAAAGCCUUUGACAGCUUAUAACAUUCCGGGGGAGGAAUUGCUUAAUAGUUUAUGAUCCCCGUCCCGACAAUCUCUUGUAGUCCCCCAAUUAGCUGGCUGUAACAGCUAAGCGGAACCUCUGGGUUGAAGCAAUGGAAAGGCUGCCAAAGUGAUUGCCCAUUGCUUGCUUGUGGGCCUCCCCAUAAACAGCUGGUUGGCAACAGUGACUGGACUAGAGUCACUUUUGUUCUUAUUGCACAGAACAGGGAUAAUUGGUAUUUAAGGUGCUACUGGACCCGAAUCUUGCUUUUCUGCUACAAACCAACACAGCAACCCACCUGAAACUGCUUUUUUGAUGUGAUCACUAGAAUAGUUUUGCAUAAGCAGUCAAGCAGCUCUGGCUAUACAUAUUCAAAAUGACGAACAGUUUACAUCCCAAUAAGGGAUUUUAAUAAAAUAAUUUCAAUAAACCACAUCUAUUACCCCUUUCUUAAACUCUUAUAUAUAAAAAACAGAGCUCUGUUUUCCUUCAGCUAUAUAAGAUUACUCUGUUAAAGAAAACUCUGGAACAAUUGUAUUGAUUAUGCAUAGCAUUUACUACAUAUGCUAAAUCACAAUGUAUGAAAUGUUUCGUUUUUAUAGGAUACAGAAUAGGGCAAACAAAAUAUUCGUGGCGUUUCAAUAAGCGGCUCGUAGCCGGCUCCUAGCAGUGCGCGGAGGUGCUUUUCAGGAAUGGCUUGGCUCAAGAACACAGCCUGGGAGAGAGCAAAAGAGCUUUCCUAAAGAGUCUGGCCCUCGAACGAGAGACCAUUGAAAGUCCUGACACCUCCUCAGGAACAGGCCUUGGGAACUCUCCAAAUGAAUGUAUUAUUUUUAUACCUCUUUUUAUAGGCACGUAAAUACGAUGUUAUAAUUUUUUAAAAGACUGUCUCUUACAUUGACCUUUUUAUAUAUUGCAUGUUAAGUGGCACAUUGUUCAUGCUGGAAUAAACACCACUGAUGGAG